AUGUCGGAUCACGACUUCGGCUUCUCCGAUGAUGAAUUGGAUUCUCUCCCCGUCGAUGCCUUCGUUGAGCUCGAGACCAAUGCCAUCCAGUUCACCCAGGUCCACACCCAGACCCGAUACUCCAAGACUGCAGCUGCGGUGAAAGCCGCCCCAUCGUCAGACUAUGGGGAUGAAAUAGGGGAGGAGGAUUUGGACGAUGCCGUUAUAAUUGACGAGUCCAGGAGUACUCCUGCAAUCAUCCAAGGCCUUCAACGAAGCGUACCUUCACAAGCAGUACAACGAGAACACUUCCGGCAGCAACGUUACGGCACAAUCGCCAAUCCCCAACCACAUCUGGCAGACAGGCGGGGGAGUCGUCCCACCCCGCCCCCGCCGCCUAGGUUCAGCCAAACAAAUCAGCUCCCUCAACGGGCUCAGAUUCCUCAACAUGAUUCCAUGAGAGCGGAGCAUGGCAGUCAGCCUUCAGUCACAGGGGACAAUGCUGCAGAUAAGAUGCGGAGGCAAUUUCAAGAACUGUUGAAGGAACGGGAUGCUCUAAAGUCCGAGGUCAAUGCCAAGUCAGGCGAAAUAGCUAUUGUGAGGAGUAAAAACGACCAGGUUGUCAAGGAAGCCCAGCGCAAGGAAGAAGCCCUUAACAAGCUCCAUGCAGAUAAAGAAGCGAAAUGGAAAAGGGAGAUCGAGUCCACCCGAAUUGCAGAGAAGAAUGCGGCCACCGAGAGGGACUUUGUGAAGCAGGAUCUAGCAGAGGAGGCCGAACGAGUCCGAAGAUUGAGAAGAGCCCAGGAAGCUGAGAAGGGCGCAAGUGUCACAACCCCCAAGAAAAAGAAGCCGCUUCCACAUCGAGAUGGCUUUGAUGACGACGAAGUCGAGAUGCUCUCACCGUCCAAAAUUUCUCCCUCGAGAUUUCAAAGACGACUUGCAGGAUCUCCCAGUAAGCCAGGCGCCAAACGAAAGCGCAAGACGGUAGAAAGUCCCGUUGGUGCUUUAGAGGUGACGAACGCGGAGGAGCCAGUUGUGGAGAAGCCUUUGCACCAGGAUUUGAUAUUAGACGAUUCCAUCAUUGAAAGCCUAGGAAAGCAGGAUGAUCGGUUUGAUUUCAUUGGAACAAUGCUUGACCACCGAGUCAGCCUAGAUCAUGCCCGAACAAUACAAGAACUGGAGAAAUAUGCGUUGCCAUCUUCCCCUGACGAAUCAUUCCAAUCCAUCUUAUUAGGCAAGAUACCGACUUUAGGGUCUAAAAGGCCCCAAAAAGAUCUCCCAGUCGACUUUUGCGAGCUUCUCAUAUCUAUGUGGUCAAACUGUGUAGCAGAGAAAUACUAUACUCCAAUAUACCUUUUUAUAGACAUGUUAACGCUGGCUCUGGAACUGAAGACCACUGCUGUUGGCCCACACAUUACAGACACGAUCGUUCCCCUUGCCCAGCUUACCGCAGAUAUCAUAAUCAUACCUCGCUUCCAAACAAAACCAACAAACGGUCACGAGAAGGAUAUCAAUGUAAGUGCAUGUCUAGCUAUCCUCCACAUCGUAGCCCUUGGCUGCAUGUCUGAACAGCAACACAUCAUCCGAUUUUGGAAACUGAUGCGCUUCGACUUCGUCCUCGUCAUGCUCAGUACUAAUCACCCGAUACCGGAAUUCGAAAUGAUGCUUCGAAUACUAUCCACUAGCGUUUUUCGAGAUAGCUUUGGUCCUUUUAUGGGAGAUAGUGUGCAGUCUACUCAAGUUGUUAAUAACAUACUGGUACGCCUGACCUAUCCUAUGUCUGAGGUUCCGUUCUUGCCUGGAAGUCCGGAGAAAAUGGACCUGAGCGUCCUAGCGAAACUUCGAUUCAAGGUCAUUCAACUCAUGACUAGCAUGACGCGGUCUCCUUUUGCAAGCAAGGCCAUGGCUAUGCACCCUCUUGUUAUCGGUAGGCUUGUUGGCCUUAUAAGUGAUGAAAUAGAUGAUUUGUACGAUUACAAAGCUCGACACGAAGAGAGUGCACGCAUAAUAAGUCUUACAAUGCGUUUGUUGUACUACAUCGUUACCAAAUUCGACGAUGAUAUCGACAUGCAAAAGAAACUCGCUGCUAUUCGCGGCGGAUCCCAAAAGUACCUCCUCUGUCUCUCACGCCUGAAUUUCUCCGAAGACGAUUUAGUGUUGGAGUCGGGCAUAGAGCCCGAUGUAGCGGGAUGUGCGCUCGAGUUGCUUGAGCUAUUUGUGACGCCUGAGGAGGGAGAUGCAAUCCAUUCGGCGUUCUCGGGCUCGUGA